AUGAGUGGGCUACCCGAGCUCUUCGGUAAGGACCCCUUGAAAUCCCGAAUCUUCAAUAUCGGUGCAGGAGUCAGGACGGUCCAGGGCAGCUCAAGGGCAGGGCAGGUACCAAAAUAGGCUUGCCUGGAUACAGGAGCUACUCGAGAACGUGUCGAAGUUCAAAGAGAGACGGGCCAGAUGCCAGAUGGGCUUGCAGACCAACAAAUCACUUCCAAGGACCAGACUAGUCUGAGAACGCCUUCGAGCGCAAACGAAAGGGUUGGCCAGCAACAAUCUACGAAGUGUUUGGCGCGCGGAGAGAGCUGGAGUGAUGCAGAUGCAGAUGCAGAUGCGUAA